ACUAUAAACAUAUCUUACGACAAAUUCCUGUUAACUUGAAGCACAGACGACCAACCGCGGUGUUGCCGGAAAGAAUCCAUCGGAGCAUACGCUGUGAGCGAAAAGACCAAGCGUCACCUGACACACAUUAACAAGAUACAUCCGCUGUUCCUGGCAACUUAAACCACUAGUGCCACGCUACAGGGGUUUGCAGACACGCUUAGCAAGGUCGCAACCCAAUCGACGACGAGCUGAGCGGGCUGCACGCACCCAGCCAGCUGAGCAGGCGCUAGCGGCCAGCGCAGACAGUUAGCAUGGCAGACGUAGAGGACGAUUCGGGCGGCGGAGUGGACGCGGGCGGAGGCGACGCAGAGGUUGCGGUGGCACGUCAGGCGGAGCCUGCGGCCAAGCGGCGGACCUCGGAGACCGCGGAGGGCGCCAAGCCCGCUCACAAGCUCCCGGCGCAGAACGUCGCAAAGCCCGUCGCCAAGCCCGCCGCAAAGCCGGCUGCUAAGCCGGCAUCCAGCAACGGAGCGGCGCCAGCACCAGCACCAGCACCGGCCCCAGCGGCGGCGCCCGCCGCCGCCGCCGCCCCUGCUGCCUCUAAGCCCGCUGCCUCGAAGCCUGCGCCAGCAGCCCCAGCGGCAGCCGCCCCAGCGGCAUCAGGGUCCAAGCCCACCACACCCCUCAAAGCGGCAGCCGCAGCCGCCCCAGCAGCCCCAGCAGCCCCAGCAGCCGCAGCAGCCGCAGCAGCCGCAGCAGCCCCAGCGCCACCAGCCUCGUCAGCACCAGCCUCUUCAGCGCCACGCACCGGCGGUGGCGGCGGCGGCGGCGGCGGCGGCGGCGGCGGCUCCAAGCCCGCCACGCCGCAGCAGCAGCAGCGCCAGCGGGAGCUGGCGGCGGCGGCGGCCGCGGAGGCGAAUGCGCACGCCGCGACGCCGCACCUGCCCGACAUCAACGCCGGCCGGGCCACGCCGCCGGGCUCGGGCCCGCCCUCCCGCACCGCCUCCAAAGCCAACGGCGGCAUCCCGCGCGGCAUCCCCAAGCCCAGCCCCAGCCGCCACGACAGCACAGUUAACCAGGCGGCCGCCGCCAACGGCAGCAGCGGCGGCGGCGGCGGCGGCGGCGCCAACGGCGCCAACGGCGUAAACGGCGUAGCUUCACCGCUAUCUGCCCGCAACCGCUCCCCAAGCCGAAUCCCGCGGCCGGACCCGCCGGCCUCGGGCGGGGGCUCGGCCGCUGGCGGCGACGACCCAAACAGCCCAGGGGGCGGCGCCGGCGGGGCUCGCAGCAUGAGCCCCGGGCCCAAGGACCCGCGGGAGGCGGGCUGGAACCUGUACGGCCCGCGCGGCGCCAACUCGCAGGGCGGUCGGCGCGAGGUGGCGCUAUCGGGCCCCAGUGAGGAGGAGCGCCGCCGCCGCAUCGAGUGGAACCGCGAGAAGCGGCGGAGGGAGGAGGUCAAGAUGAGGGCGGAGGCGGAGCGGCGAGCGGCUGACGAGGUCAGGCGCAAGGAGGAGGAGCAGGCGAGGCUGGAGGCGCGGCGGCUGGCCAUCCGGGAGCGCAUUGCCAAGCAGCACGAGGUGGCUGCCAAGCUGGCUGAGGAGCGCGCCAAGGCUGAGGAGGCCGCCAAGGGUGCCAUCGGCCGAUUCCUGGCCGCAAAGCCCCUGCACCUCAAACUGCAGGAGGAGUACGAGAAGCAGCAGGCGGAGCUGGAGGCGGAGAAGAAGCGCGCCUACGAGGAGGGGGAGGCGCGGAACAAGCUGGUGCGGCCGCACCAGAUCAUGUCAGGGCAGGUCCAAGUCAAGCCCCCGCCCAAGCCCGAAGAGCCCGACGAGCCCUCCCACGGCCCCGCCAGCCCCACCCGCAGCCGGGCCAUCUCCGGCCGCGCUCCCGGCGGCGGCUCCAGCCCGCCGCGCCGCCAGUACAGCGGCGGCGGCAACGCCGCCGCCGCCGCCGCAGCCGCCACUGGUCUCGACUCCCCUGGCGCCGAAGCCACGUUGCUCACCGUGGCUGCCACUGGCGCCGGCGGGCACAGGCCCGCGCCGCCCUCGGGUGCCAAGCCGCGACUUGCGGGCGGCUCAAUCACUGUCACCGCCACCAGGGCGCCUGUGCACGGAAACCGUGGCGGCGGCGGCGGCGCUGGCGGCGGCAGCGGCGCGCAUCCCGGCGCGCACGUGGCCCGUCACGGCAAGCUGGUGGAUCGCGCGGUGUCGCCGUUCAUCUUCAGCGACGAAGGCGUGCCCAUAAACGUGCCGCCGCCCACUCGCAAGGAGAAGGGCGGCGGCGCUGGAAAGGGCGGCGCGGGCGGCAAGGGCGGCGGAGCCGAGGUGUUUGAGCUGGCGGCGGCGGAAGCCGCCGGCGCAGGUACGGCGGCGGAGGGGCACAUGGCGGCGAUUCCGGAGGGCGGCGGCGGCGGCAGCGGCGGCGCGCACGAGGAAGACGAUGAUGCGCCGCAGAUGGAGUCGCCUGUGGCGCGAUCCGCCUCCGCCGCGGCCGCAUACGAACCGCCGGCCGAGGAGGAGGAGGAGCAGGAGCAGCAGCAGCAGCAGCAGCUUGAGCAGGAUCCGGAGCCGGAGCCGGUCGCUGCGAAGGCGGCUGAGGCGAAGGCGCCGUCGCGCAAGGCGAGCGAUGCGAGCGCGGCGGUUGCGGGCGGUGCAGGCAGCAAGGCGCCAUCGCGCAAGCCGAGCGCGGCGGGUGUGGAGGCCGUGGCGGCAGCAGCAUCAAAGGCGCCGUCGAGGAAGGCGAGCGGUGCGAACGUGGAGGCGGCGGGCGGUGCUGGCAGCAGGGCGCCGUCGAGGAAGGCGAGCGAGGUGAACGCGCCAGCAGCGGAGAAGUCGGCGGCGGCAGCGGCCGAGGAGGAGGAGGAGGAGGAGGAGGCGGAGGCGGAGGAGGCACCAGCAGCGGCUGCGGAGCCCAUUGCGGAGGGAGAUGAAGAGGGUGCUGCUGCGGAGGCGGAGGCGGAGGCGGAGGCCGAGGCAGCGGAGGCGGAGCCGGAGCCGGCGGCUGAGGAGAAGGCGGAGCAGGAGGCACCAGCGGCUGACGAGGGUGAAGCGGAGGCAGAGCAGGAGGCCGCUGCGGAUGACGAGGGCGAGGCGGCGGCAGCGGAUGAGGCCGCUGCGGAAGCGGAGGGCGACGGCGAGGCGGCGGCUGAGGCGGCGGCUGAGGCUGAGCCGGAGGCGGCUGAUGGUGAGGCGGCGGCGGCUGACGGUGAUGAGCCGGAGGCGGCUGAGGACGAUGAGGCGGCUGAGGCGGUGGAAGCAGCUGGUGAGGGCGAGGGCGAGGGCGGGGAAGAGGCGGCGGCGGAGGAUGCCGCCGCGGAGGGCGCCGCGGAGGGCGGGGAGGAGCAGCAGGGAAAAGAGGAGGGCGCGGAGGCGGCAGGGGCGGAGGCGGAAGCGGAGGCGGAGCCGGCGGAUGAUGGGGAGGCGGAGCCGGCGGCGGCUGGGGCUGGUGAGGGCGAGCAGGAGGACGGCGGCAAGGCGGAGGGCGGGGAGGAGGAGGAGAAGGAGGAUGCUAAGAAGGGCGAGUAGACGCCUCCUUGGGACUUGUGGCCACGAACACGGCACUGGAAUAGGCAGGCUAGCACCAUGCGUGUGUGUGUGGUGUGUGACUGGUGAAUGCGUGGGUUGCGAGGCUGGGCUGUUGCACGCAGGCCAUGCGUGGCGAAGCAAGGGGCGGCGGUUUGAGGGUUAGGGCGUCGGCCUCGGCCUUGGCUCUGGUUCGCCUGAACUGAUUGGCGCACAUGGAAAGACUCCAUGCGAAGGCCUGCUGCUGCAAGGGCAAAUGUGCGCGUGUCAGCUUUGCAUGAUUCAUGCGGGUUGGUGUGGGAGACGACGCGUGUGUAAGGUAUGGGGUAUUCAAUGCUAUUCAUAUGUUUGGUGUCGCGUCGUGUUGCUGCUGUUUGUGAAGCGCCCGCGUGACUGUGACUUAAUGAAGUGUGUUUGGACGCGUCGAUUGUGUGUGUGUGACCCCCUGUGAUUGUGACCCCCUACUGACUAAUACAUGCCAACCGUACCUUACUCCCCUCCUGACCCAAAUCAGCACUGCGUGCCUGACUCUUAGGCUCUCCUAUUGACGUUCCCACGUGCGGCGACUGUGGACCGUGCUUGCCCAUUGACUUGAUAAACGUGAGCAUUCCUUGACAAUUUGACAUGCGUGAUGAUUGUGUUGGCGGCGCUUACAUGCGGCGGGUUGCCGCCGGUGUGUGUGCGCGCGUGCGGCUCUCACGACAUGGGGUGUUUGGGGUUUGGCAAGGUCCCACGAGUGAAUGCACGAAACCGAUAUUCUCAGCUGUGGGCUCAGCUACAGCUGUGGGCUCAGCUGCGAGUCCUGCUGGUGCGUGUAUGCGGAUAGAGACUCGAGGCGGUGCUACAUGCUGUAGCUGUCACAUCCGGGCGUGCGUGUGAAUCUUAUCUUGCAAUAUACUCUUUUAAAGCUAAACCUUUUUGAUUGCGCGAAACGUGAAGAGUGCGUGAUGCGCAUAGUGCCGCGACUUGUGUUGCGGGCUGGUGGCGGCAGCGCUUCCUGCGCAUGGGGGCAUUGUUACCUCUUCCUACUCGAGAUGUGCUCGUGCGCUUUUUCCUUUCCUUCUUCCUGCACUUUGCUUGUAAUAUGAUUGUUGUUACUCUCUGCUAUGGUAGUGGCCUCCACCCAGCAAAGGCGCUAUUACGUUAGUUGCGCAGUUAUUACAUUAGCUGCGUAGACCCCGGAGAGCAGUAGGAGCCAGCGCAUGGGCUGCACCGGCCGAACCGUGCAAAUGCACCUGUGUCGUGACCUUUCAUAUCGUGUUGCGUUUUUUCAAGCAUUUUCAAUAUCGUGUAAAUGAGUGAUUUGGGUGUGGCUUUGGCGUGUGGGAAGAGGGGAACGUCUCCCAGGUCUCUCAAGAGUCGCCGUCAGGCACACGAAACGUCCAGUGCGUGUCAUAUCAUAGGGCGUGACACCUGCACUGCACCUGCACCUGCACUGCACCAGCACCAGCACUGCACUGCAUCAGCACUGCAUCAGCACUGCAUCUGCACUGCACCAGCACUGCACCAGCACCUGCACCUGCACUGUAUGGAUGGUGCCAGAUGGUGAGUAGGUGACGUCCUCGCUAUCCUGGGGGCUAGGUCGUGCCAUUCAUUCCCUCACUGGUGCCUGGGCUGGGUGUAACUCGUUUCUCGC